AUGUCAGCCACCGCCGCGAUUCACACCGGUCGCAUCACCCUCGGAGCGCCCGCCCGCGUCGCGCAGACCAGACGCCGGGCCAAGCACAGCCGCAUCGUCGCCAGAGCCGCGGAUGAGCGCGCCAAGCUCCCAAAGGAGUACACCUUCCACUCCCCCGGCAGCGUCCAGGAGACCGACGACGCGGUGGUGUUCGCGCAUCAGACCCCGGAGGAGGCGGGGAAGUGGAAGGACUCGUCCGUGUUCCACGUGGGCGACGGGUCCUCUGAUCCCGUCCGUUUGGGCGUGGUCAUCGGCGAGUUCCACAACAGGCUCAUGGACAGGAUGCUGGAGGACGCGAGGGUGAGCGCGGCGGCCAUGGGCGGGACCAUCGACCAGGUGGUGUGGGUCCCGGGCACGUAUGAGGCGCCUCUGGUGGUGGAGCGCAUGCUCGAAGACGACGCCCUGGACGCGGUGUGCGUGGUGGGGUACAUCGAGAAGGGAUCUACGCUGCACGGCCAGGAGAUGGGCGCCACCUGCUCGCUCAUUUUCAAGCAGCUCGAGCUCGAGUACGGCAAGCCCGUGGGCAUGGGCAUCAUCGGACCGGGAGCCACCGCAGAGCAGGCGGAGGGACGCGUGGCUUACGCGGGCAACGCGAUCCGCGCCUCAAUCCGUAUGGCCAGGUACAUGGCCAAAAAGUGA